CUGACCUUUAGACAAUGGAUCAUACAAUAGAUAUGAAGACAGGUGGACAGCCACUUCGGACGUCAUGACUGACAUGGGGGUCUUAGGAGGGAAGUCUAGGGAGGGGGUCAGUUGUGACAUCCCUACUCCGCUCCAAUGACGUCAGAACACCCCUCUGCUGUCCUGUCUGAGUUUCACAUUUUUGGUCUUUUUUUCACCCUUAAAACACCAUGAGCGUCUGCGUGUGACGUCACGUGCAACGUAUUUCCUGUCGGUGUUGGUGUUUUGUUUCAUUUUCGAAACUUGUUGACGUUGUUCGGCACUUCCGUUCACUCACCAAACCUCCGCAAAUGAACGGCCCACUCCAGUAUUGAAUUCUUUCACUCUCGUUCAUCUUCUGCGAAAGAAGAACCGGACGUGACGCAACGUUAGCAUUAGCGUUAGCUUCGCCGCAUCACAGCGGCCGCAGCGUCGGCGACUUCUUGGCCAUCCAUGAAGAACCGUCCGCCCGGAUUUUUUUUCCGAAGAUGUCCACCAGGAGCGCUGAAGACAUCCCCAAGCCGCAGCAGUGGAGCUCCAGUCUGGACCAGGAGGAACCCGAACCUCCAUGUGUCAAAGAGGAAGAGGAGGAGGAAGAUGUCACCAAGCUGCCCUUCAACAUUGUUAUAGUUAAGAGUGAGGAUUGUGAAGAUGAAGUUGAGUCCCUGCUGCUCCGUCCAAACACAAAGUCAAAAGGAGACCACAAUGGAGAACCAGAAGCAGCUGGGAACUCGAGCCACUGUGAUCUUGAGCCACUGUUGAACUUAGAUUCCGAUUGUGAGAUGUCUGACUCAACUGGGUCUGACACCAACGACAGUUUUGACCGGUUGAGACUCGGGGAGAGUCAGUCAGGUGACCUGGCCCAUGCUUCCACAUCUGGGGAAGAAACCGCCCUCAUCUGUGCAUUCUGUGGCAAGAAGUACAGCACGCAGGCUAGACUGACGAGGCAUGUGCAGAUCCACACAGGAGAGAAACCCUACAGCUGCUCACAGUGUGGGAAAUGCUUCACUGAGAGUGGAAGUCUGAAGAUUCACAUGAGAAGCCACACAGGGGAGAAACCUUUCAGCUGCACAGAGUGUGGGAAGCGUUUCACUGAGAGAGGGCAUUUGAACACUCACAUGAGACAUCACACCGGGGAGAAACCCUUCUGUUGUGCCAUGUGUGGACGGCGUUUCACUCAGAAAGGAAGCCUGAAAAGACACAUGACCAUCCACACGGGUGAGAACCCCUUCAACUGCUCUGUGUGUGGAAAAUACUUCACAGAGAGCGAGAGUCUGAAAACACACAUGACAAGUCACACAGACGAGGAGUCUUUAUGCUGCCCAGAGUGUGGGAAGUGCUUUACUGUGAGUGGAGAUCUGGAGGCUCACAUGGUAUGUCACCCGGGAGUGAAGCCAUUCUGGUGCUCGGACUGUGGGAAGUGUUUCACCGUCAGGAGAAGUCUGAAAAGACACAUGAGGACUCAUGAAGGAGAGAAACCCUAUUCUUGUACAGAGUGCGGGAAAUGUUUCAGUGAGAAAGCCAACCUGAAAAGACAUAUGAGGAGUCACACUGGAGAGAAGCCAUUUCACUGCACCGAGUGUGGAAAACAUCUGUCAGACAAGGGCAGUCUGAAGAUCCACCUGAGGUGCCACACAGGAGAGAAACCCUUCCCUUGCUCAGUCUGCGGGAAGUCCUUCACUCAGAGUGGAAGUCUGAAGAUCCACAUGAGAAGACACACAGGGGAGAAACCGUUCUCCUGCUCUGAAUGUGGAAAAUGUUUCACAGAAAGCGGGAAUCUGAAGAUUCACAUGAGGAGUCACACAGGAGAGAAACCAUUUGGCUGCCUUAUGUGUGGCAAGUACUUUGCACUGCGCGGGGACCUGAAGAGACACAUAACCAUGCACUGCAGCAAACACUGCCAACCGGCGGAUGUGGCCAGAGCAGCCACUCCCAUUUCCUCAGUUCAACCUGAGAUUGAGUAUGUUGUGACCGAUGGUAUUUGAGGCAACUUGGGAGAGACCGAGCAACUGACUAAAGGACAGGAUCAAGCCGUCAGUGGAAUCCCAGCAGUUUCUGAGAUGUGAAUGUUGAAGGCUGUGACACUCCUCAAUAAAGUGUCUGACAUAAAAAAAAAGUUUGUAGUGUGAAGUUUGAA